AUGGCGGAGAGCGCCAAGUCCCCCUCCGCGUCCGGCUGGGGCGGAGUCUCCCUGCAGCUGCCGUCCUUCUCCGCCUUCCCCGCGCCGUCCGCCACGCCUACCGCGCAGCCCUCCGCGCAGACCCCCUCGACCGCGCUUGCGGGAAUGGCUUCCGCCUUCCAGUCGUUCGGUUCCGCCUUCCAGUCCUUCGCGGGCACCGUCGCCUCCGCCAUGCCGCCCGCGUCCCCCCAGGGGAAGGCGCAGGCCGGCGGGCGGGGCGCGGGGGGGCACGCGGACGGGGAGCGCGUGCAGGAGUUUCUGGAGACUCUGUCCGCCAAGUCGCAGCGCGGGGGCGGAGGGGGCGGAGAGGAGGUGUACGAUCCGGCGAUGCUGACGGACGACAAGAAGCAGUGGAAGGAGCUGCAGUCCGUUAACAGUCGCAAUCGCCUAUUGGAAGCAGACACGUUCAUAGACCACUUUGUGGUGGUGGGGCUGCAUCCCGAGGCGGACCUGAGCAGCGUGGAGGCGGCCUUUGCCACACACAAGCGCGGGCAGCUCAACGGCACUGUUGGCUACUCCGUGCCCCCGCCCGCUGUUAACCUUGACGCCCAGCUGCUCUACAAGUACCCGCCACGCAAGAAGCUCGCUCUCUCGCCUUCUGACCUGCCUGGCUUCUGCUUCCCAAACGGUGUUGAGGCGCGGUGCAUGGAGAAGACACCGUCAAUGAAGGGCUUCCACCAGUCCAUCUAUGGCCAGGCGUACCAGACAGCGGACGACAAUGCGUAUGUGUUCCUCCUGGCAGUGGACGACAACGCCACGCUGUACGGAGUGUGCAUGGUGGUGCACGAGGUGGUGCAGCGCCUGCCCUCCGUGCUCGCCAUGAACAACGCCCUGCACGGCCCCAAGCCCGCUGGACUCCCGUCUAAGUACCUCGUGACCGCCCCGCGCUGCUACUGCUUCCUCACACGCCUCCCCUUCUUCGAUCUGCACUUUGAGGUGCUCAACACGUGA